AUGGGUGGCGGAGAUCUGAACUUGAAGAAAUCCUUCCAUCCCGGCCUGCGGCGAAACCAGCAAGCCGUCUACGAUGAAGAACAAAAAGCUCUCGCCGAGCGCAAACGCACCCAGCAGCGCAUCAACGAAAUCAAGGAGGAGCGCGCCAAGGAAGACCUCCAAAGACAGCUGGAGGCGGCGGGAGGCAAGAAGAGAGUAGACCGCGUCGACUGGAUGUACCAGGGCCCUACCGAUGGCCAGGCUGGCACCACCGAAGAGACAGAGGCAUAUCUGCUGGGAAAGAGGCGCAUCGACAAUCUCAUCAAGGGAAACGACAACAAGAAGCUCGAAAAGGCCGCGGGACAGGAGAGCUUCAUUGCGCUGCAAAACGCAAACAAUGCGCGCGACACAGCGGCCAAGAUCCGCGAUGACCCUCUGCUGGCCAUCAAGCGCCAGGAACAAGCCGCUUACGAGGCAAUGAUGAAUGACCCGAUCAGACGCCGCCAGCUGCUCUCCUCGAUGGGAGUUGACGAUGGAAAGAAGAAGCGCAAAGACGGAGAUCGAAACGGAGACGAGAGACAUAGGAGCAAGCAUCAUCGCAGACAUCGAAGCAGAGAUCGUGACGAUGGCCGACACUCGCGGCGCCGGCGCUCGUACUCCAGGUCGCGCAGCCCCCGCCGGCGAGAUUAUUCACAAGAUCGAGAGCUCAAGCACACAUCAAGUCGUCGAAGGGAUGAUUCUCGGGAGCGUGAGGGCAGAAGCCAUCGACAUGAUUCAUAUCGGAGGCGGUCCCCAGCAUAUCCUCGCGCUCACAGAGAGCGUGGGCGUGAUGAUGCUGAGCAAGACAGCCGGAGAGCAGAGGAGCAAGCUCGGAAACUGGCUGCCAUGCAAUCGGCUGCGUCCGAGCUUGACGAUGAUCGAGAGAAGCGUCUGACGGCUCUAGAGACUCAAGAACGUGCUGCUCGAGAGGCAGACGACAAGGCUCGGGAGCGAGGGGGAGAUCGGGGCUUUACCAAUGGAUUGCACCGAAAAGCAUUGAAUAUGAAUACUCGGCACGGACGGUGA